AUGCAACAGAUUCUGCAUGUUGUCGUCGUUGGAUUUCACCACAAGAAAGGAUGUCAGGUUGAGUUCUCAUAUCCAAAACUGAAUGGAAAUGGGGAGGGAGGGCUGCCUGAUGAAUGGGUACACCUCCCGUCGCUUGCUCUUCCUGAUGGAGCUCAUAAUACAACAGAUGAUGUGAUCUUCUUUGUUCUUCCAUCAAGAGACAACCCACAAGAAGCUGUAUUCGGGAUUUCUUGCUAUCGUCAAAUUCCUGCUAGUGAUCUGGUUGCAAAAUCUGAUGAUGUCACAAGAAGUACUGUCCAAAAAAGCGUCUGCGUACUGUCGCGAGCUCCGCUUUUCGGAGCUUUGAAAGCAAAGCUGGAACUCAUUACGCGUGCAUAUUUCGAAGAACGUGAUUUUAGAAAGGUCGAGGUUCUCUCACAAAUGUACUCGAACUUGUGUGAUAUGUUCAAUGGAGAAGCCGUCGAUGGUCAAGCGGCCAGCAUAGAUAUCUCGGUACAGGACCUGUUCACCAGAUUCCGUCACCGAGCACUCAUAUUGUUCAAGUUAUUAUUACUAGAGAGAAAGGUCGUUUUCAACAUAUCUCCUGCCCAGCUUCUUGGAACUACUAUGCUAGCCCUUAUUUCUUUAUAUCCGAAAAUGCUUGAGGAAGGGCUUCGAUACUGUACAUCGCCCUGCACUCAUCCUGAAACAACAGAAACCACUUCCCAGGCUACAGAAGAAGAUGAGAAUGAAGAUCUUGGUGAUGAGAUUGUAAUUCCUCCAUCUAAGGCGAUUCUUGAUGAUGAUCCAUUUACAAAAAAGGACAGUUUCGGUUUUCCGUUAAGUAUAUUCACCAACGGUAACUUGUUUCAUCCUUACCUUUCAAUCUCUUACCUGGAUAUGAUUCGAUCCAAGUCCGUGCGCGGCUUCGCUAUUGGCGCUACGAAUGCACUUUUUGUCACGAAAAGAGAUCUUAUCGAUGCCAUUGUAACGCGCGAAGUGUCUCUGACCUCGGCCGAUCUUCGGUUUGGUGACUACAUUCUUCGAAGUAUAGAAGAGAAUAAGAAGUCGAUUUUCGAAGGAAAUGAUGAAUGGCUACGGCUGCGCAUGCGCGAAUACCUUCUAGCGAUGGCAGCGAGCUCGCGAUCAGAUCUUGCAGUCGCCGUGGCUGAUUAUGGUGCCCCCUUCAUUCAUAGUUGGAGAUUUACAAGGAACUAUCGGAUUUGGAUGUUGGGACAGCAUGAGGAUCUGAGCGGUGUUGCUCCAGGGCAUGCUUUUGCUGGGCAGUUGGGUGUGUAUGAUGUUCUGCUGAGAGUUGAGCAUACAGUUAGUGGGUCUGAAGGAGCUCGACGAGCUCUUAGUGCGAUUACUUCGACUGGAAAAAAUAUCGUCUCAGAGCUGUCGGCGUCCUGUUUUAAUGUAUGA